AUGGCCGUUCCAACCACCGCCAAAUGCCCAAAUCGUGUUUCCUGGGCUUUUCCCUUGGUCAAGUCUCGAUUUGUAUACCCACCAGUGCAUCGAAGCUCAUCCACAGUCGACGAGGGCGAAACGCAUGGAAUACCUCAAGAUCAUCGUACUGCGAUAGAUAGCUUACGCAACAUACUCCAAAAGCAACCCCUGACUACUCACAGCUUGCAACUAGGCCGCAGUCAUGAUAGUCCAGGUGUAAGUAACGAAGUGGUCACAAGCAAACUCCCAGAAGAACAAAAAGCCCACAAGCGCCAAGAACGAAUUCACUCCAGGUGCCGGGCACGCGAAGAAGCAGAAAGGAUCAGAUACGACCAACAUCGCCAGAAUCGCGAAGAACUGCUCCUCUUUCGCGACGCAUCCUAUGGGGACUAUUCCAGGGACUUUCGCUGGACCGCGGCUUGCAAACUCGUCGACACCCUAGCGUCUCGCGAUACAGAGGCAAGACCCGACUACUUUUUCUCGGACAGUAAUCUCUUGGUUGCUCUGUUCAUCAACUGCGAUCUAGAUCUCCAGUCCAAGGAAAUUUUGGCAGAGUAUUUACUGAGAGAUCUGGUCAUCGACUUCCCUCAUGUCAAAAGUUUCAGAUUCGCUGUCUACUUCCCUCGCCAAAUGGUUGAGGAGGAAUCAGCAGUCCCAGAAGCUUUGAGAUAUCUCCUCGGCACGUUGAGCCAUCUGCAACGAACUGCUACUCUGGAAGGAGCGACCACUGAGAUGGAGCAAAAGUUUGUCACCAGGCAACUCCAUUACAUGAGACGUGCUCGCUUUGAUCCCGUGGAAGUUCAAAAAGACAGUCUGGAUGUAAGGCACUUGGUUGCAAAGGUUGAUCCUGAUGAUACUUAUGAUAUUGUCAUGGGAAGCCGCUCGUCGGAGGAGACGCUUCAGUCGAUGGGUGCGAAGCCAAUUGAUAUUGUAUGCCGGAAACGAACAGACGUUGACGCGGCGUGGAUAAAACCCACAACAGCUUUCCACUGGGCAUAA